AACGAGGAAGAUAAUUCUAGAAAGAGAACCAAUGAAGAAAUUGAUCAAAACCAGGAAGAGGACGAAAACAAAAAGCAAAAGACCAGAGAUCCUCAGACUCAUGAAAUCGAUUUGGAGUUGCAAUUUGACAGAGCCAUAGAACAGCACCAUCGUGAAAUGAGCAAUCCUCCGGAACAUCAGAACCAACAAGACAAUCAACAGGAUCGAGAAAAUAUCAUUGUUGAUGAAAAUGAGAGUUUGGCUAUGAUUGCCAACCAGCUCGAUGAGGCUACACAAGCGACGAAGAAAAAGGAAGCCGAAUCUCAAGAGGGAAAGAAAACAGUAAUUCACGAAGGAAUCUCGAUUCCAGCCAAUUCAGAGUUGUUCAAUACGAGUUCUGCUCUUGCUGCCUACAAUGCUUUAUCAAGUCAGUUGCCUCCUCUAGCCAUAUUAGCUAACGCCCAUUUGGCAGCUCUUCCAUUGCCCAUUGUAGCACCAGAUUAUCUUCCACCACGAAUCCAGUUGUUAGUAAAUACAUUACCUACAUUAGACAACUUGGCCACACAGCUUUUACGAGUGGUAGCCAUCGGGCCGUACCAGAAAAUCAUUGACUUGGCUUCAAACCCUGACACUCCAGCUGGAGCUACCUAUAGAGAUUUGACAUCGUUGUUUGAGUUCACCAAGCGUCUCUAUUCAGAAGAGGACCCAUUCCUCAGUGUAGAACAUAUAGCUCCAGGUAUGUGGAAAGAAGGAGAAAAGACCCCCAGCAUGUUUAGAAGUAGAGAGCAGAGCAUAGAAUCUACAUUAAGAAAAGUCAACUUGGCGACGUUUUUGGCUGCAACUUUGGGUACGAUAGAAGUGGGGUUCUUCUACUUAAACGAGUCGUUUUUGGACGUGUUUUGUCCAUAUAAUAACUUGGAUCCAGAAAAUUCGUUAUCUAAUAUGGGUAGAAACAGCAUGAGCUUGCAAAGUGGUGUGAACACUACUAUAGGCGAUACGAUAAGCAAGCUCUUAAAGCCACAGGCCGUUUUAUAUUUGGAUUUGAAGACACAGGCGUAUAUUUCUGCCAUUGAAGCAGGAGAAAGAUCUAGAGAGGAAAUUUUGGAGGAUAUUUUGCCCCAUAAUUUAGGGGAUAUCAUACUUGCUAGACGAGGGGUGAAAAAUUUGUCUCCUACAGAAAUGGAUUUCAUCGAACGCUGUAAAGCCAGGAAAAAGACUUUGUUAAAUCAUACCGGAGAAAAGAGUCUCAGUGAAGAAUACGAAUGGUUCAAUUUCUUGAGAGAUCUUUUUGAAUACGUAUCUAAGAACAUGGGACUUCUUAUCUGGGGCAAGAAGGGAAGAACUCCUAGAUCCAAGAAGGAUAGCAAGACUCCUCAUAGUGAAGAUUUGUUAAGUUCGCAGACAUCGGAGGCUAUAUUACAUUCUCUGACAGAUGCAAUCGGUCGUCCAUCAUCACAAGCUAUAUCCGACGCAGAAAAUAUCGAGAAUAAUAAGCUCAAGUCGCAGGAGAUAAGCCAAAUUACCAGUGCCUUAUUGCCGUCAGAGAUACAGGAGCAACAAAUACAUUUACGGAUCAACCCCCAAUCUGCAGUUAGAAAUACUCUGAGAAGACCAUGGACGAAAGAAGAAGAAAAAGCAUUAAGACACGCGUUAGAAUUGAAAGGUCCACAGUGGUCCACGAUUCUUGAAUUGUUUGGUAAUGGAGGUAAGAUUUCGGAAUCGUUGAAAGGCCGUACGCAAGUACAGUUGAAAGAUAAGGCCAGAAACUGGAAGAUGUUUUUCUUGAAAAGCGGCUUGCCUGUACCGAGCUAUCUCCAACGUGUCACAGGAGAUCUUGAGAGAGAAGAUAGGAACAAAGUCACUAAGCGAGGCUCACGUAGCAGGAAAACGGCAGCUGCUCCCAUUCCAGAUGUCCUGAAACACCAGAGAAAACCAGAACAG